CUCCACGCUGACCCGGUAAUGAACGCUGUACCGGGGUCACCGGCUCGGUCAUGGCGUGGAGGAGCUGCGCGGUUCUGCUCGGGCGGAGCGGACGAGACGUUCUACGGAGCUCCGCGACGGGGAACAGGUGUCCUCACAGCUUUCAGCAGAGAUGCGGCUUCAGGAAAGUCGCCAAGAAACCAGAAUCCAAGAAGGUGGAGGAGGAUCUGGUUCCCCCCCGCGCAGAGUCUUUGGAGGCUGCUGCCCAGCGCCGGAGCCCCGCCCCCCACACGGAGCAUCGGGCUCCGCCUAGCUCCCCCCGGGCCUUCGGCCAGCUCCUCAGACCGCUCGUCUUCACCGUGGGGUUUACAGGCUGCUCCUUUGGCGUGGCGGCCAUCUGGCAGUACGAGUCUCUCAAGUCUCGAGUCCAGAACUACUUCGACGAGAUCCGAGCCGAUUGGCUGGAGAAGCUGCGACCUCAGAAACGAGGAGACGUCCGCAAAGAGAUGAAUCAAUGGUGGAACAGCUUGAGUGAGGGUCAGAGGGCGGUCACAGGGAUCAUUGCUGCUAACGCCAUAGUGUUCUGCUGUUGGAGAGUUCCAGCUCUGCAGCGCUCCAUGAUCAAAUACUUCACCUCCAACCCGGCAUCCAAGACCCUGUGCUCUCCGAUGCUCCUCUCCACGUUCAGCCACUUCUCCUUCCUCCACAUGGCGGCCAACAUGUACGUCCUGUGGAGCUUCUCCUCCAGCGCCGUGUCCAUGCUGGGCAGAGAGCAGUUCGUGGCCGUCUACCUGUCUGCAGGUGUUGUUUCUACGUUCUUCAGCUAUGUGUGUAAGACGGCCACCGGGAGGUUCGGCCCGUCUCUGGGAGCCUCUGGAGCCAUCAUGGCCGUCCUGGCUGCCGUCUGCACCCAGAUGCCUGAAGCCAAGCUGGCCAUCAUCUUCCUCCCCAUGUUCACCUUCACUGCUGCCAACGCUCUGAAGGCCAUCGUUGCCAUGGACACGGCCGGUGUGGUGAUGGGAUGGAAGUUCUUUGACCACGCGGCUCAUCUGGGCGGAGCCUUGUUUGGAAUCGGGUACGUCCUGUUCGGUCAAGAGUUGAUCUGGAAGAACCGAGAACCUUUUGUGAAACGUUGGCACGACCUGAGAACCGGAGGAGGAGGAGCUUCUGGAGGAGGUGGAGCUGACGGAGGAGGGGGCGGAGCCGUGUAGGACUGGGGGAAAAGCAACAUGUAAAGAUGUACAGGGGCUGGUGGGCCGCACCAUUCGGCUUCCCUCGGACCAGCUGUCGGACUCAUGAUUCACGUUCAUACUUAUGAAUGUUUUGACUGUUUUUGUUCACGUUUGUUUAUUAUUUAGAGAAAUAAUCUCUACAGCUGAAGAAGAUGAAGUUUCUUUCGAAACUAAACUAUUAAAUUGGGGCUUUCAUAAAAGCUCUGAGAAAUAUUACGCUGGAUUUCACUCUUUUAAAAUGAGAUGAAGUUGUUUGUUUCUGCUUAUUUAUGUUUGUUGGUUUCCUUUGAAAUAAAACUGUAAAAUAAUGAGAA